AUACAUGGGUUUUAAAUAUUAUACACAUACUUGAAAGACCCACAUACAGACAGAAAUCAAAACAAUGAAGAUCUCCUUGCUCUCUCUCCUCUUCUUCAUCUUAACCUUCACAACCAAACCUUUGCACAGCGCCGAAUCCGACGUUGUAUUAGACAUCGACGGCAAUGAAGUUCGCGUCGGUCCCACCUACUACAUCAUCCCGAGUGUUCUACAGCUUCUCGGAGGUGGAUUAACGUUUCGCGGAUCUGAUACCAAACCCUGUCAACUCACCGUCGCACAAGACCGGUGCAACAUAGACACCGGCCGGCCGGUAAUAUUCUCGCAGUACGUGCGAACCAAAGACGGCGUUGUCCGACAAUCAACAGACAUAAACAUUAAGUUCAUCAACAAGACCAAAUGCGGCGAAUCGACUGUGUGGAAAGUUAGCCGGUUUGGUGGGACGUCGGGGAAAUUUUUGGUGACGGAUGGUGGACAUGAAAGCCGGAAAGAUGAGAUACAUUAUUUGGGAUCUGAGCUGAGCUUGUUCAAGAUUAACAGCACUGAAUCUGGUUACUAUAAAUUGGUUUUUGAUCCGAGUGUUCGAAUUCCCCCUGGAGUUCCUCGAGGUGAACUUGAUAUUUUUAUUGAUAAUGGAAUUAGACGUGCGCAGGUUGUGGAGGAGAAGACAAAGUUUGAGGUUUCGUUUGUCCGAGUUAAUAGUCCUUCCGUUAAACGAUGGGGAAUGUAAUUGUUCGUGCAUGUAAUAGCCAUCUUCUUCUUCUUCUUCUUCUCCGAGUUUGUGGUUUAUAAAUAUAUAUUUUCGGUUAAUAUAUUAACGAAAUGUAUGAA